GGCAGUGGCAUGAGUUCUGAGAGGAGGGAGUGGGAGCAGGAGACACACAUAGUUAUUGGAGGGGUCAGACGAGAACGACCCAAUGCGAGUUCGGCCUGAGUCUGUUGAGGUCGAGCUAGAGAUGACGAUAGAGCCGGGGGAGGAAGAGGCUGUCAUAAUUGGGGGAUUUCAGGCGACCCCACAAGAGGAGGAGGAGGAGGAGGAGGAGAGCAUUGUCAGGUUGCGGCUAGGAUGGAAAGAUCACCAGAAGUCGGUCACGGGGAUGAAUAUGCCAGGAGUACCAUGUGGUGCACUUGUUGCCUGCAGUGAGUCCCAUCAGCAGGAGAGUUUGGGAAAGCGGGUUCAGGCAAACCCAUUGGUGAAUGCAGCAACUCCAUCUGAAUUGCGUAUUACCGCCCUUGUCCUUGGAGUUGGAGGGGAGGCUGUGCGGUGUGAAGACGAUGAUGAUAGUUGUGCUGCAGGAGAAGGAACAGUGGGCGUUGCCUUAAAGAAGGCAAUGAGCUCGGGGUUGGGGUCACCACGGAUGAAGGAAAGGGGGGGAAUGUUGAGGUUAGAGGAGGAGAUGCUGACAACUGGUGAGAAGUCUCACAAAGCACUCAGGCCGAAGUCGUGUUCCAUGAAGCUGGAGUUGGAGCCUGACUCCCGAAACAAGUCUUGUGCUAAUCCCAACUCCAAUUCACAAGUUGAAAUGGGAGGUGACACUCUACAGGAGGAACAACAAGCACAAGUGGAGAGCAUGAUGGCCACUACUGAUGCAGGAGAAGGUAUAAGAGAUCCACAAGCGAUGGCUGUGGGAGGCGUAGCUGGCGAACGAGACAAAGGGGAGGGAAGUGUAGCGGCGACAAGCCUUGAUGAUGGUAGUCAAGGGAGGCAAGGUAGUGGGGUGAAAGAGAAGGAGAUUGGGAAGGGCGUUGGCGAAGGGUGUGUAGAAAAGGAGGAGGUGAGAAAACAGGCAGCGGCGUUAGAACGACAGAAAGAGGGUGGGGCGGCGGCUCACGAUGCAGAACAGAGUGACACAGUAGAGAAAGGAAGCGAUAGAAGGGGUGAGAGCACCGCCGACGCAGAGGAGGGGGAAUUUGGCGGCGGGCAGAAGUUGAUAGGAAGGAAGACGAGUAAAAAGUUCGGUCGGAGGACGUUUGUUGGGGAGGUUAUGAGCUUCGAUGAGGAGCACAAAUGGUACAAGGUUAUAUACGAAGAUGGGGAUGAAGAAGAGCUGGAGUGGUUGGAGCUUAAGCCCACUCUGCAAUCUGUGGGGCAAGGGUCGAGUUUGAUGGCCCCAACGUCCUCCAUUGAGAUGCCGCUUGGGAAAAGGAAGAGGAAAGAGUCAGCAAGGCUCACCGAGUGUUUAAAUCAAUUCGGCAGCCUGUCGUUCACAAUCCCUCGGACGAGAGGGAAGAAUAAGGGGAAAGGAAAAGAUAAUCCCGAGAAAUCAGAGUCAGAGAAGCAAAGUCAAGCAACACAAGAAGUGGGAAAGGAAACACCCAAGGUAGUGGGUGAAGUAGCAGUAGAGGAGAAAAAGGAGUCGGGGAAAACGGCAAUGGUCGAGGAAGUUGUCGUGAUAGAGGAGAAUGAUGGAGAGGAUGGGGAUGGGACGGAUAGGGAGCAGAAGGUAGAGGAGAAUGUGGCAGCAGAAGAUGCAGUCGCGGUUAAAGCUCAGCCUAAGGGCUCAGGCAAGGCAGGAGCAAAGGAAGAAGCAAAGCCUGUGAAUAAGGGGGGGCUGAAGAAGAGCACUGGCAAGGGAAAGGAGAAGACGGUGGAGCAAAAGGUGAAGAAGGGAGAGAAACGAAAAGAUAAGGAGAAAGAUGCUGGAAAUGGUAAAGCUGGAGAGAAGGGCACAAAGGAUGUGGCAGUGCAGAACCAUGCACAGAAACGCCAAAAGACUGGCGAGAAAGAGAAGCAAGGAGGGGAGAAGAGGAAGAAACCGAUGGCCGAUGUCCAGAAAUCGCCUGCUGAGCUUUCACAGAAGCCCUUGAAGAAGGACAAAAAGUCCGAAGAGAAGUCGACCAGCAAGCCUGCUGACAAAGCGUCUGCCGGCGCCGUGGCAGAGAAUGGAAAGGAGAAGGCGAAGAAGCCAGGAGGCGAAGGAGAGAAGUCGGCACAACAGGUGAAGAAGAAACAGGUGGAAAAGCCCAAGAGUGUAUCACAGAAAGGAGGGGGUGAAUCGACAGUUAAGGCGUCAAAAACACCCACAAAGGGGGCUAAGUUGGAAAAAAAGAAGGCAAAGUCAUCAGAUAAGGCCACCGAUGUAGAGGAGGUUGCAGUUGAACCGAGGCAGAAGGCAGGGGAAGCAGGUGAGAAGGGCAAGGCCCAGGGUGAGAAGAGGGUAUCGCCAUCAGAUAAAGCAAAGCAGACGCAAUCGACAAAUAAGAAGUCAGCCGAUAAAAAUGGUGCACAAAAGGACUCUAAGCCAGCAGGGAAGGUGGAGAAGGCUCCCUUGUUAAGUGAGAAGGGUCACAAAAAGAAGGAUAAGGGAGACGGCGAUGAUGUCAAUACAACACCAGACAAGAGGCUGCUGCCUGAGGAGUGCUUAGACGGAGGUACUGGUGGUUUAACGGUGAAGUACGAGGACGGUGAUGAGGAAGAGCUUGUGUGGAGGGAACUGGAGCCCAUCCUUAUCCCGGGCACGAGUACAGCCGUCAAGGAGAAAGAGACGGUGUCAGCCCCAGCACAGUCAGGAAAGAAGAAAGGCCAAGGGAAUGUCACAGCGAAGUCGAAAUCAUCGUCACCUACAACGGUCGAGGGGAGUGGCGAAGGAGGUAGCAGCUCGUCUCUGAAGAGGAAGCGUGCACAUGGGGAAAAUGGCACGAAUGAUAAUAAGCCGUUCUUGAAGACCGCCAGCUUGUUGAAAGCGCUCCCGAAUCUGGUAGCCGUACCUUCGACGUCGUGACCGUGGGGAGAAUCGUGAUGACUUCGGAGAGAUUCGUCUCCCUCGAGGAUCAGGCGCAGCGUUGUGUAAUAAGGCGUCGGAUGGUGCUGCGGUGAUCAGGGUUGUAGCCUCGAGUAGGUUUGGGCAAGCAAACGAACGACGCCAUCGCCGAACUUCUCAUCGAUGUCAUCUGCCCAUGCGCGCAGCCAGGGAUGCACAUCUUGUGUCUCCAUACUUACUUUUUGCCCUUGUCUUUUUUUCCUGCCUGGCUUGUCAAUCAAUUACUUAUGUCUCCCCAUUUUAUGGAACUGUGUGCCGUGCCGGCACACAAGGGCCUGUCCUUCCCCAAUCUCUUGGACAUGCCUUCUUUUUGCUCUGAGUUUUUCCCUCCCGUAGUCCUAAGCUCUGCUUUUGUCUACGUGCAUACACAUAGCUUGUUCCCCUUCCAUGGGUGUGAUAUAUAGUCAAUCUUGUACUCUCCACUCUCCAUCCAUUCUCCCUGAAAUGGCAUGAGCGGAGGGCUCUUUGGGUCACAGAGGAUGCGUCCUCUGCAGAUGUUCUGCCAGAUGGAAUGCACAACGCGGCGGUGAUUGCCUGCUGCCUUUAUUACAAAAUAUGGCAGGCAGUCUAGGCUCAGAGGUCAUGACAGGUGGCAGUUGUUGCAGUUGCCCAGGUGUUUGUGGUUUUGUAUAUGUAGUCUUCUUUGGGAGAGGAGAGUGCGAUGCUUUUCCUUUCAAGCACCGAGAUCUUCCUUUCUUAAUCUCCUUUCGUUUCUAGUAGUGUCUGUACGUCCCGUUACCUCUCUCUCUCUCUCUCUCUCUCUCUCUCUCUCUCUCUCUCUCUCUCUCUCUCUCUCUCUCUCUCUCUCUCUCUCGCUCGCUCGGCUGCGAUGAAGCUCCAUGUUGACACCAGUGUCUGGCUUAUCUGCGGCGGAUAAAGUUAUCCGCUGUGGGUGAAAAUGCAACACGAAGCAUCAACUGUUCUUCAUUGACCAAGCGUCCGUCCACUGGUGUUUUGAGGAUCUACCUUGGUGGCCCUUCUGUGCUUUUGAUGCACAGCUUUCAUCCAGCUGUUGCUGGGGUGUGUGGUUUUCGCCCUGCACCCCUCUAUCGUGUACAAUGUGCGAUUUGAGUAAUCGUUUUGCGUGGUUGAUUAUGGAAAUGACUCUCUCACCUGUCUCGUCGUCUUGUCAGCAAUGCUGCCUGCAUGAGUUGUCAUAAAGCCUCCCUCUCCCUCAACUCUUAGAUGCGAAACAAUAG